UUUUGAAGUAGUUUUGCAAGCCCACCGCACUUGAAAACACUUAGAAGUAAAUGCGGAGCGCUGUAGAGAGCUGCGAAACCAUUCUCGCGCUAGAAAUCUUUCAAGAUCAAUACCUUCACGCCAGGAUCGUCGAUCGUGUGGCCAUUUUUCCUUCAGAUCUUUUCAGCGAUCGGCUGCUAGGGACAUUUUGAGCAGUUCAUCAGAGCGUCGCGAGUGAUAUAUGUAUUUGAAUAUUUGCUUUGGGGGCUCAGCGCGGCGUACUUUUGAUCUCUGCGAGGCAUUCUCUUAGAAAGAUCCGACGAACGACUGUAAAGCAGGUUGUGCGCUCAUCCCGACUGAAUGCGGUCUGCAGUCUUCCGCGAUUCUUAGCGAUGGAUUCGGAGCAAAUGCUCGCCAGAGACUCUCGAAAGGUUUAUUAUGGUCUUAAGGAAUCACAACAGAAAUCUACCACACGUGAAACAUUACAGGCGCGAUCAUCAGCGGCAGACUGCCCCACAACUAUGCGGCCCCCUCCAACCGGUGAAGAUUCGAACGACAGUGAGCGUUCCAAAGGAAAUUUUGUGGCUUCUUUGAAGUCAGAUUCGCUCGUUUCUAGUCCUAGAAUGACACCCAGAAGGGUUUCCAAAAAGGAAUCGAUCGCUACGCGAGGUUAUUCAGGACUAGAAUCAGACGAAGAGAAACUUGCGCCGAUGGGUUUUGAACCGGAGGGUAGCGCAGCCUCUACUCCUCAAUGCGAGCGAUGGCCUUCUACUUUGAACGAUAUGCUUAUCGAUUGCCAAGGAUUUAAAUCAUUUUAUCAGUUUCUAAAGCAGGAGAAUAGCGAAAUUCUUCUAGAUUUCUGGCGAGCGUCCGAGUCUUUCAAGCGAAUGGCACCGAUUUCUCAUGAAAUGCGGACAACCGCCAAAGCGAUUUUCCAGAAGUUUAUUUUCCCUGGGAGUUGUAAUGCUUUGGAAGUCAGCGACACAACGCGAAUGAAAAUUGCUCAGCAUGUUAACGAUCAGCCAGUGGAUUGUGGACUUUUUGAGGAGGCUAUAUCCGAAAUCUUGGCGAACUUGAAAAAUAAUCAUUAUCCGAGGUUUAUGAACACAACAUUGUAUAAGGAGUGCAUCCAGAGCGGCGGCGAAAGCUCACAAGGUAUCUGUGAACGUUUUACGCAUACGGCCAGAUUUCAUGGUGGAUAUUUACCGACCCUCCCGGAGGAAAAAGUUUUAGGAUUUGAUGAGUUUGAGGAUGAUGGAGACCAAUUUGAAUUUGAGCAACAUCGCAAAAGUGGGAAAGGAUUGUCCCAUUGUGCAAAGAGAUCGGGUUCCGAUGAACUCGAUGCGCGGUGUUUAUUACAUGUUCCCAUGAAUGAAUUAUUGUCACCAUACCACUAUCCAACAGUGCCUGUGGGAUCCAGAAUUGAAUCCGAAAAUCAGAGUCUAUCAAGUGAUGCAAUGACGGAAGAUACUCUCUCAGUGACCACUGACAGUUGUUUGACUGAUGAUACAUCAUCCAGAUGUAGUGGCCGAAGGAAGUGCUCAGCACGCAGUAAGAAAUUUGGAUAUCAUGAUGGUCUUCCAAUGAUGCAGUUUGUUCCGCGUACCCAGAGAAUUCCUAAAGAGGCUUGUAACCCAAAACAUCCUGAAGAAUUUGCCAAAAUACUGAUUGAAAAACUAGAGAAAGUCAAGCUUCAGCGUGAAUUAGAUGAAAGGGAAGCUCAUAACUUGUCAACUCAUUAUGAGGCACCAAGAAAGUCCAUUCUCCAGCAGGCAAUCGACAACACUGAGAACAAGAAAAAACUUUAUCUCACUACUAUGGCCAAGGAAGCUGUGGCUUCUUUCAAGGAACCUUAUUAUACUGACACUGCUGUAGCUGGAGUGGAAACAGUUGCUGCUUCCACUACCACAGCACCUGUAGCAGUGAGCACCUGUAAUAGUCGGCAAGUUGAACCACAACAAAUUCAGCGGACCAAGCAACCCACUGUAGAGAAGAGAGAAGCAGUAAUGGAAGCUCGAUCAAGUGAGCCAACUGUUAGAGAUGGUAAUGUAUGGGAAGCUCGUCCUCAGCGUAGGGAUGAUGACAUUCCUUUCAUGACUGUGAAUCAUCAUCGCAUUAUACAGUGGAUGAAGGAAGGGGAACAAGCUCAGCAGGGUUCAAAAGAGUCCAAGUCUCAUCGCCAUCAUUCUUCCUCUACAAGGAAUAGUUCAAGAGGAAAAAUGUCAACUGCAUCAUCCACCAGACAGUCUGAGAAGAAUCCAUCACUGCAUUUACCUGAUCAACCCAUAGCCUCUGAUCCCAUGAUGCCUCCUCUUCCAGCACCUCAUGCAUCUUCUGUUUUGGAAGAAACCAGGAGGAGAUUAAUUAACAUGGAGAGUGGUGGGGAGAGACGGAGCAAGUAUUAUCAAAAGCAGAGGUCUCAAGCAGGACCAGAUUUUGAAACCACAUCCUGCAGAGAAAAAACAAGUGCUUCAUCAUGCUGUUCUACAAAAGACUACUCUAGCUAUGGGCAGGGUUCAAGUAUACCACAUGAAAGGCAUUGCAAGGCUGCAUCAUCUGUGACUGGGAUAUCAUCUGUGUCACAUGCUGAUUCUAUAAGUACUUGUAAGGACAGUGGAUUUUGUGGAUCAGUAUCAAAAAAGAAGGACAAACAUGGUUCAUUGACAAUCACAUACUGGUUAUGGAGAGAACCUAUUCCUUAUCGAACUUCACUUCCUGUAAAAUGUGUAACACUUGGACAAUUUAAAGAUUUGUUACCACCAAGGAAAGGAAGUUACAGAUUCUAUUUUAAAAGUAUGACUGGAGACAAAGAUUGUCUUGUCGUUUGGGAAGAAGUUAAAGAUGACAGCACUGUUUUGCCUACAUAUGAUGGACAAGUUGUGGGCAAAGUAGAGCGAGUGGAUUCUUAAAUUCUCAAAAAUUCUUACCAUUUUUAACAAAGAAAUUGUACUUUUAAUACUGAAUGUUUUAUAUUCAGAAAUGAUUUUUAAAUAUUAUAAAAGAAUACUGGGCCUAGUUGACCCCCUUGGAGUGCCAGAGAAUUGGCUUUUCGUUUGUACAUAGACGUAUAAUAUAUUUGUAAAUUCUAUGUUAAUGUUGUAUAAUUUUAUGGUUACCGAGAUUAAAAUAUUAUUUCUAUA